AUGAAAGAACAAGAUGUGAUAAGGAAAUUGAUUGUUAAUAAAAGAAGAAACGAAGAGACGUGUGAAGUAAAAAAUGAGAAUAUUGAAAACAUACUCAUGAAAGGUAAUGAAACAGCCCAGAAGGUCAAACCUAAUCUAGUAUCUGGUGUUAUACGAAGAAUCACGUGGGCUUACUUAAGUCAAGACAAUGGACCAAAGUGUGUAGCCAUGGAUCCAAUGGUGGAAAUGUGA